AUGCUCCAAUGCCAAAUGCGAGAUUCCGCGGAGCAUCCUUUGCGUCAAGGGGUGUUGGGGUGUUGUCCUGCUUGUCUGCUACUGCCACCGUGCUCCCGCAGACUUACCCACCACGACUACCACGACCGCGUUUCUGCGAGAUGGAUCGAAAGCGGUGGAAAACCGAUCCUCAUCGUCCCACCGAGGCGAAACGGAACAAAUCCGCCAAAAGGUCCUGGGAAAGGCGCCAGGCGAAACAGGCGAAAAAACGGUUACAAGAGGAAGCGGGCGAGGCCGGACGCCAGGGAUGCGGUGCAGAAUCUCAUGGCUUCACUCGAUGCAGCAGCAGCAGAGAAUCAAAGCGGCGCCAUCGAGGUUGCGUGCCAAGAUUUCCGGGAGACGGCGUUCGGCAAAGAGGUCAUGCACGAUCUCCACGUCGACGGUAUCGUGAACAUCCCGUACGGGACGUCGGAAGCGGACGCUCUCAGCAUGGCGGGCGUUGUGCGUGGUGCGGCGCAAGACUUGGUGCUGGGUGAGAAACCCCAUAGGGAGAGGGUAAAGAUCAAGGGACAGACGCGGUACGCGCUAGAGGCGAUAUACAUGGGGGGUGGGGCAGUUGCCGCGUUCGAGGAGAUCGCCUCUCUGCUGGCCGCGGUCCUGUGUGCUGUCGUGGACGGCGCGUCCGGCGGGGUGGUAACCCACAAGCACGUGGCACUGGCCAACGCGAUGGGGACGGGGGUGCAAAUGUGGCACCGGGACGGGCGAGCCAAGGAGGUUUUGGCCAAGACGAACCCGUCUCACAAGGACAACAGGAAGAGGCCGGAACCACACCCCUUCUCGGCCGUGAUUGCUUUCGAGGAGAACACCGUGCUUCACGUGGUCAGAGGUUCGCACAACAGGGGGAAGGAAAACGACUUCAGCCAAGAUGCACCCCACGCCCACCACAUCACCAUCGGAUAUGCAGCGAUCCCCCUCGUACUGGAGGGCGACGCACCUGCACAAUCACCAAUGGGUGAGAUGAUGCAGUACGCCGCUGGUAAAGGCGUGGCCCGCAUUGGCUACAUAGGCAAAACGUCUGGACGGGGGCCUCUCAAACUGGCUCCGGGCUUGACGGAUGCCUGGCGCACUGGUGCUGUGACGGAUAAGCAACUGCGGGACACGCUCAACGGAGGAACGUUCACCAUCGACAAUACAGAGGAAAAUAAGCGCACGGACAAGACGUGCUACGCCACUCUGGAAAACGACACCGUGACUGCGAUGAUUCGAGAAGGGACUCGGAUGGGAGAGCUUUGUUUUCCACGCAGGGGAAACCACCUCCAAUAUGGGACAUUGACCGGAAAGGAAGCUGACGGCGUUGCGUGGUCGGGCAGCGAGUGCAUGCUAUUUGCCAAAGACGGCGGAAUGACAAACCCACACGUGGACGUGCAAUCUGUCCCGGGAGGAACAGGGAGAAUAAUCCACAUGCCCGCAGCGGGAGUCAUUCGCAGAGUCAACUAUGUUGAAGAAAAUAGGCCGGCAAAACAGGCCAUCGUGGUGCAUGCGGACGAUAUGUCGAGGGUGAUUGAAACUCUGAAAAUCAAUACCAAGAAGGAGUCCGCCAGUCAGUACGGCGGUCCGCCGCGAACGCUUCCGGAGUUCGCGAGGGUGUUGAAAUCCAAGGGAAUUCGGUUUGUUGUGAUGAACUUUCCUUCGCGCUGCUCGUACGCCCUUCCAGCGAGGCCCUCUUUCAUGCGUGCACACGAACUGGCGCUACGGGGGCUCCUGCACUCCAACGAUGCUUGGUGGUACAAGGACGUCCUCCGACCUUUUUCAAAAGAGGCAAAUAUCAAGUGUCUCGUGAAUAAGGAGAACGCCAGGUACGCGUCAAGCGAGCAUGGCUACCUCUCGAGUCUGCAGGGAAGUGGUCCGGACAAGUGCCCCUGGAUGAUUGGCGAGAGUUUCUUGACGGACGGUGUACAGAUCAAGCUUUUACUUGUGACACUUGAACAUGGAAGGAAAGCUUUUUCCGGUUCCAGCGAGCUGAACGAAGCGGGGUACAACAAACUGCCCCGGGCUGACGCUCAGCUAGAAAGCCUUUUGAAAGAGGGAAGAGGGGUGUACAACAUAUCCAGCCUUUUGGAGUCGACAAGCAUCAGGGAAGACGUCAUCGUCAUGUCCGCUGACCCGGGCCAGGCCAAGGUGUGGCCCGCAUUGGCCACAUCGGCAAAACGUCUGGACGAGGGCCUCUCACACUGA